AUGUUUCUUUUGUACAUCGUUUUCAGAAAACAGAUUUCACUGAAUGCCUACCACUUAGUCAUUAUUUUAAUGACAAUGUCAACUAAAGAUAUUGAGGAUGGUCAAAAUGGUGAAGCUGUGGAUUCCUCAGAAAGAAUGGCAACUGACAAAAGCAGAGGAAACCAAAAUCGGCAUGGAGUUGAGGUGGUAGGCAGCACCACAGACACCAGCACAGCAGCAAAAAACCUGGCUUUACUUAAAGCACACUCUCUAGAUGUGAAGUUCGAUGUUGGAGAGGAGUACGAUGUCAUAGAAACCAUCGGCACAGGGGCCUAUGGUGUUGUUUCAUCUGCCAGGCGAAGGGACAAUGGCCAGCAAGUAGCAAUAAAGAAGAUCUCCAAUGCUUUUGAAGUGGUGACAAAUGCCAAACGCACACUAAGAGAACUAAAGAUUCUCAAGCACUUCAAACAUGACAACAUUAUCGCCAUCAAGGACAUCCUGCAGCCAAACCUUCCUCACUCUGCUUUUAAGUCGGUGUACGUGGUCCUGGACCUCAUGGAGAGCGACCUGCAUCAGAUCAUACACUCUGCCCAGACGCUGACCCCCGAGCACACACGCUACUUUCUCUACCAGCUGCUCAGAGGCCUUAAAUAUGUGCACUCUGCCAACGUCAUCCACCGUGACCUCAAACCUUCCAACCUCCUUGUGAAUGAAAACUGUGAGCUAAAGAUUGGUGACUUUGGCAUGGCGAGGGGUCUGAGUUCACACCCCGAGGAGUCAUAUUCAUUCAUGACUGAGUAUGUCGCCACACGGUGGUACCGCGCCCCCGAACUCCUGCUGUCUCUGAAUCAUUACAGUUUGGCCAUUGACUUGUGGUCUGUGGGAUGCAUCUUUGCUGAAAUGUUGGGGCGUAAGCAGCUUUUUCCUGGGAAGCACUACGUACACCAGCUCCAACUUAUUUUGAGCGUGUUAGGAACCCCCCCUGAGGGUUUAAUCUGUGCUAUUAGGGCUGACAGGGUGCGCUCCUAUGUUCAGAGCCUUCCGUCAAGGACAGCUGUGCCUUUGGCCAAACUGUAUCCACAAGCUGAACCAGAGGCUUUGGACCUGCUGGGGGCCAUGUUGCGCUUUGAUCCACGAGAACGAAUCAGCGUCACCGAGGCAUUGGAGCAUCCUUACCUGGCCAAGUACCACGACCCAGAUGACGAGCCUAUUUGUGUACCAGCCUUUGACUUCGAGUUUGAUAAACUUCCGAUGAACAAGGAACAAAUUAAAGAGGCUAUUUUGAUGGAAAUCCAGGACUUUCAUAGAAAAAAACAGGGUUGUCGUCAGAGGCUGCAGUUCAGGCCUUUGCCAAGGGUGAGUAGUGGAGCUGCAGCACAAUGCAGCAACCAAUAUAAUGCUCAGUCUGCAACUGUCGACCUGACUAAAUCAGCAGUGGUUCCAAUGGCACAAUACCCACAAACGCAGCAGAUGCAGCAACAGCAAAUGCGAGAUGCAAAGUCUCAACAGCAACAAGACCUCCCACCAGCAGAAGUGAAUAAUGCAUUUACAAAUCCCAUGAAAACCUUCAACAAGCCAGCAGCCCUCUUAGUCCCCCCUCAUGUGACCCAUCAUUUGCCUCUCCUCAGUAAAAAUGAGAGUGGUCCAGUUGAUGUCGAUAUGCCCAGUGCCAACUCGGACAGCGGUCAGCCCGAGACCAUAGACCUGACAACACCAGUCUCUAGUCAAGAACCUCCGUUAGAAACGAUGAGAGACAGUGAGGCGCAGGAGCAGCUAACAGGCAGCCAGGCUCCGCGGGCUCAAAACACCCAGAGCCAGUCCAUGAGCCAGCCUCCCGCCUCCAUCCCUGCAGCACCAGCACAGACCAUAACACCUCUACCCACCACCGUACCCUCCCUGUCUCUCUCUGUGGCGCAGGCCCAGUCACUUUCCCAGUCUCUUUCUCAGUCCCUGUCUAAGAAUGUGAGGCCUCCUGCAUGUGCAGCAGAGGGAACUAGAAAAGAAGGGGCCAUUUCAGAGGAAACCAAAACUGCUCUUAAAGCAGCUUUAUUGAAAUCAGCCAUCAGGCACAGAGCCAGGAGUGAUGGAAGUGGCCCAGCUUUGGGAAUCGACUCUGGCUCAGGAGGAGGCGCAUCGUCCUCCAUGUCUUCUGUUCCAGAGUCGCGCCGGCCUGUCACAGCCCAGGAGCGUCAACGAGAAAGAGAGGAGAAAAGAAGGAAGAGGCAAGAACGAGCAAGAGAGAGGGAGAGGAAAAUGAAGGAAAAGGAGAGAAAGGAGGGAAAACAAGGCGAUUCGCUGGGUGGGGUUCUGCUGAGUGACAACGACAAAAGCCUUUUGCAGCGCUGGAAAAAGAUGAUGGAUAGCUCCAGUGAAAAAUCGCAGACUGCUAAUAACGAAGGGUCAAAGAACAAGGAUUGUAACAUGAACUCCCACAGAGGUCUCGUCACCUGUGAUAACACUCAAGGUGCACUGAACAAUAAAACAGACAAGGAGCUGAGGAAGAUUCACCCUCCUGAGCAGUUAAUCUCUCAAGUAAAACCAAACCACCCGGGCUUGUUUCAUCCUCCCAGCACCCAGCAACCGCCAGGACCUUUCUCCAUGAGCCAGGGGAAGCCUCCGGCAGACCUAGUCGUUGCUGUGAGUGGGGGAAUGGUGGACAUAAUGGCUGUAACACGUGGAUUUGCUAAAAACCACACCCUCAAAGAUCACACUGAGAGCAAUGGGCAAAGCGGCUUCACCUGCCUGGGGAACUGGGGCAGCCAGCAGUUGGAGACAAGGCCACCGCAGCAAGCGAGCAGGACAUCACAGACGUCACCAGCAGGCUUCCUUCAGCCACAGGGUCAAACCCAGCCCGACCCCCAGCUGCUGCCACUGGAGAGUUUUUUGUCCAAAGCUCCUACAAUAAGCACCAGAGAGACAAACGGGAGCGUGGACAUCAGGAGUCAGAAUAGCCUCAACCCCUUGCCUGAAGGUACAGGAUCAAUGGAGAAGCUCCGUCCCACCGGAGGAGAGAAAACUGCCGCAGAGAGCACCAACCGUCUCUGUGGCACGCUAGGAGUUCCCACUCAGCCUCACCCCAGCCUGGGUUUUACAGACACUGGGCAGCAAGGCCCGUCUACUGCCCCCGACAUCCAUACAGUGACUCUUCAGCUCUCAAAGUCCCAGGUGGAGGACGUCUUACCUCCUGUGUUCUCAGUCACCCCUAAGGGCAGCGGAGCAGGGUACGGCGUGGGCUUUGACCUGGAUGAUCUUCUCAACCAGUCUCUGACAGACCUGCAACACUGUGACCGGGACAGUUAUGACUCGGCCCCUCUCUCGGCCUCCCUCUUAUCCGACUGGAGCGAGGUCCACCGCAUGACUCCAGCCGACCUGGAGUCGCUGCAGCAGGAGUUGCAGCUUGGCUCUCCCAUGAUCCUCUCGGAUAGCAUUCCCCCAGACGCCUGA